UAAAUUCAGGCUAACAAUAACAGAAGGCGAAAAGAUAUACAAUCUCAACGAACACCUCUACAACAUGCUCACCUCAAUCUACGCCGCCCUAUACAAGACAACAUCGCCACUUACACUCGAUUGGCGAAGUAAUGAAGUAGCAGUCAUGUUGGGCAAUGACUCUCAGAUUAUUAACCUAUUCUGCAAUAUCAAGACCGAAAUGUUCUGGUUCCACGCAAAUGCACACGAAUUGUUUCCAGAAGAUAUACUAUUUAAGACACUCAUUCUGGACAACGAGAAAAAAUUGGCCAAGGCACAUAUAAAAGCGGCACAACGACAGGGAAUAAUAUGAGCCAGGCGUUUCUUUAUUACCGCAAUCUGAAUUCUUCUCUCUGCUCAGUCUUUCUGUGCCGUUCUUGGUUGGUUAGGAGUUUUCAAGGGAGACACGGUUCAAUUCACCCGUCGCAGGCAGGG